CCCGAUGGCGGAGGGCGGCGACAGCCCGGAGAGCGUCCCCGAGCACGAGCGGAUCCUGCAGGAGAUCCAGAGCACCGACACCGCCUGCGUCGGGCCCACGCUGCGGUCCGUCUACGAUGACCAGCCAAAUGCACACCAAAAGUUUAUGGAAAAAUUAGAUGCCUGUAUCCGUAAUCAUGAUAGGGAAAUUGAAAAGAUGUGUAAUUUUCACCACCAGGGUUUUGUGGAUGCUAUUACGGAACUCCUUAAAGUGAGGACAGAUGCCGAAAAAUUGAAGGUUCAAGUUACCGACACCAACCGAAAGCUUCAAGAAGCGGGAAAAGAGGUGAUGGCACAGUCAGAAGAAAUCAUCCGGUGUAGAGUUCAGCAGAGAAAUAUCACAACCGUAGUAGAAAAAUUGCAGCUGUGCCUUCCAGUGUUGGAAAUGUACAGUAAACUGAAGGAACAGAUGAGUGUCAAAAGGUAUUACUCCGCUCUAAAAACUAUGGAACAAUUAGAAAACACGUAUUUCCCCUUGGUGAGCCAAUACCGCUUUUGUCAGAUAAUGAUAGAAAAUCUUCCCAAACUGCGUGCUGAAAUAAAAGAUAUUUCCAUGUCCGACCUCAAGGACUUUUUAGAGAGUAUUCGAAAGCAUUCCGACAAGAUAGGCGAAACGGCAAUGAAACAGGCCCAGCAGCAGAAAAUCUUGAAUGGUGUUCUUCAGACCCAAACCAAUAUAAUUUGUGGGAGAAGUGUAUAUACUAAUAGUAGAAUUCUCGACCAAGGAAAAGAGGUCCCAUCAAAGCAAGCUCUUGAGGAAGAGGAUGACAAUGAAGAGGAGGUGCUAACAGCUCAAGAUCUUGUCGAUUUUUCCCCUGUAUACAGAUGUUUGCACAUUUAUUCCGUUUUGGGCGAUGAAGAGACUUUCGAAAACUAUUACCGAAAACAGAGAAAGAAGCAAGCAAGAUUGGUCCUGCAGCCCCAGGCGAACAUGCAUGAAACAGCUGAAGGCUACAGAAGAUAUUUCAGUCAAAUUGUAGGGUUCUUUGUGGUGGAAGAUCACAUUUUGCAUGUGACGCAAGGCUUGGUAACCAGAGCAUAUACUGAUGGGCUUUGGAACAUGGCCCUUAACAAGAUCAUUGCUGUCCUUCGAGCUCAUUCUUCUUAUUGCACUGAUCCUGAUCUUGUUUUGGAGCUGAAGAAUCUCAUUGUUGUGUUUGCUGAAACUCUGCAGGAUUAUGGCUUUCCAGUGAGUCGACUCUUCGAUCUUUUAUUUGAAAUAAAGGAGCAGUAUGGUGAGACGCUGCUUAAGAAAUGGGCUGGAGUAUUCAGGAAUAUUUUUGAAGAGGAUAACUACAGCCCUAUCCCUGUAGCUAAUGAAGAAGAAUAUAAAAUUAUAAUUAGCAGAUUUCCCUUUCAAGACACAGAUCUUGAUAAGCAACUCUUCCCAAAGAAAUUCCCGAUGUCUCAGUCAGUGCCUCAGAUUUACAUUCAGGUUAAAGAAUUUAUUUAUGCAAGUCUUAAAUUCUCAGAGUCCCUUCACCGCAGUUCAACAGAAAUAGACGAUAUGCUCAGAAAAUCAACAAACCUGUUGCUGACGAGAACUUUGAGUAGCUGUUUACAAAAUCUUAUCAAGAAGCCUCACAUCGGUUUGACAGAGCUAGUGCAAAUCAUCAUAAACACAACACACCUGGAACAAGCCUGUAAAUACCUUGAGGAUUUCAUCACUAACAUUACAAAUGUUUCCCAAGAAACUGUUCAUACUACAAGGCUUUAUGGACUUUCAACUUUUAAGGAUGCCCGGCAUUCAGCAGAAGGAGAAAUAUAUACAAAACUGAACCAAAAGAUUGAUGAAUUUGUUCAGCUGGCUGACUAUGACUGGACAAUGUCUGAGCCGAAUGGGAGAGCUAGUGGUUAUCUAAUAGAUCUUAUUAACUUCUUAAGAAGCACCUUUCAAGUGUUUACUCACUUGCCUAAGAGCAACAGCGACCAUGCAGCCAUGUCGGGGAAAGUUGCCCAGACAGCUUGCAUGUCAGCCUGCCAACAUCUAUCAACAUCUUUAAUGCAGAUGCUGUUAAACAAUGAAUUAAAACAGAUAAGCAUGGGAGCGGUUCAGCAAUUUAACCUAGAUGUCAUACAGUGUGAAUUGUUUGCCAGCUCUGAGCCGGUCCCGGGAUUCCAGGGAGAUACCUUGCAGUUGGCAUUCAUUGACCUCAGACAACUCCUGGAUCUCUUUAUGGUGUGGGACUGGUCUACUUACCUAGCGGACUAUGGACAACCAACUUCUAAGUACUUACGAGUCAACCCCAGCACUGCCCUCGCCAUUUUGGAAAGAAUGAAGGAUCCUUACAAAAAGAACAAUAUAUUUGCCCAGUUCAGGAAGAAUGACCGAGACAAGCAGAAGUUAAUCGAGACGGUGGUGAAGCAGCUGAGAACCUUAGCGAACGGGAUGUCCCAACACGCCUAGGGGGGCCAGCCCCUCCAUACCAGACGGGACUGCGCUGAGAGCAACAUCCCCAUCGCCCUUCCUCUCUCUCCCCCUCCCCCACCAACCGCACCCCCUCCUCUUCCCCCUCCCCUGGAGAAGGGGGUCCAGACCCGCCCCCACAGAUUGGAGGCAAAGCUCGGGUUUUGGGGUGUGCAGGUCCGGCCCCCUGGAAACACCCCCCCCAAUAGUAAAUACCAUUUGUAGGUAUUUUUGAGUAAUCGAAUACUAUUUUGUAUAUUGUAAACACUCCAGCGGUGGCUUUUUCAUGUGGAGGAAAACAAAAAAAAAGAAAUUGACUAAAAUAAAACCCCAGGGUGACCGGGCGACCCGUGAAGUGU